AUGUCCAACUUCCAAGAGGAAGAUGAUGAGGACUACUAUCUCCCAUUACAAGACCAGCGCGUUUUUGGCGCGGGUAUACGGCGGAAACGGGUACCCUUCGUGCGGUCAUCCGAGCACGAGCUCAGUACGAUAAACCCGACACGCUCUUUGUCUAUACCUCCCGGACCGAAUAUCGCGGACACAUACCUCUCGAUCGUACUUAAGAAGCCGACCGCAAGCACAUCGCCGAGUACACCAGAAGAUAGAGAGGCUUCAGCUCCAGAGCGCACCCCACAUUCUGCGCCGCCCACAUCAGAGGCCAUCUCACCUCCGCCACCUGCUCCUACAUCCUACGCCGAAUCCAAAGACCGCUGUGAAAUAUGCAACCUCCCAAUAUCAGCAGAUAUUGGAUCAGAUGAAAACACAGAUUCAUCGACAUCUCGGCCCCACGAAGCCUCCCUCGCCCACCAAGUCUGCCUCCAACACUCGCAUCCACCCUCCCAUCUUGACCGGACUCGCGCCGGCCUACGCUACCUCUCCAAUUACGGCUGGGACCCCGACAGUCGUCUCGGCCUUGGCGCAGCGGGCCGUGAAGGUAUCCUUGAACCCUUGAAAGGGCGAAUAAAACACGACACUGCGGGGUUGGGCACGGGUCUGGAUAAAGAUGGCGAUCGGAUACGAGUGCCGCCUCCGCCGCCGAAGAAAGUUGAGAAGUUGAAUGCGAAACAGGCGCGGAAGGGCGCUGCUGAGGCGAGGAGGAGGGGAGAGAAACUCAGAAAUCUGUUCUUCCAGAGCGAUGAGGUGUUGAAGUAUCUGAGGGAAGACGCGUGA